GUUUUUCCUUCUCACUGCUGCCCGUUGCUUAGGCCGUGACUCGAGCCGGUUGCCCGCUCGCCUACCGUCCCUUUCGCUAUGGCCCUCAGCGAUGCUGACGUGCAAAAGCAGAUAAAGCAUAUGAUGGCUUUCAUUGAACAAGAAGCCAAUGAGAAAGCAGAAGAAAUUGAUGCAAAGGCAGAAGAAGAGUUCAACAUUGAGAAAGGCCGUCUGGUGCAGACCCAAAGACUAAAAAUUAUGGAAUACUAUGAGAAGAAAGAAAAGCAGAUUGAACAGCAGAAGAAAAUCCAGAUGUCCAAUUUGAUGAAUCAAGCAAGACUCAAAGUCCUCAGAGCAAGAGAUGACCUCAUUACAGACUUACUGGCUGAAGCAAAACAAAGACUCAGCAAGGUGGUAAAAGAUACAAACAAGUACCAAGUGCUGCUGGAUGGACUGGUCCUCCAGGGUUUAUACCAGUUGUUAGAGCCCCGAAUGAUUGUACGUUGCAGAAAACAGGAUUUCCCUCUGGUAAAGGCUGCUGUGCAGAAAGCAAUCCCUAUGUACAAAAUAGCCACCAAAAAAGAUGUGGAUGUUCAGAUUGAUCAGGAGGCCUACCUGCCUGAGGAAAUAGCUGGUGGAGUUGAGAUCUAUAACGGGGAUCGUAAAAUAAAGGUUUCCAAUACUCUGGAAAGUCGGCUGGACCUCAUAGCCCAGCAGAUGAUGCCAGAGGUACGGGGAGCCUUGUUCGGUGCAAAUGCCAACAGGAAGUUUUUGGACUAAGCUGGGAGGUGGCAUUCUCUGUUGUCCUACUUCAGAGAUAAUGGAAGUUUCUGAUGUUUGAAAAAACCAAGCUAUAUAGAUAGCUUCUUCUUUCCUGUUCUGAUAUUCUGUAUUUAUCAGUAGCUACCCUUCUGUUGCUCAUACUCUUGCCUGAAAUGUCAACAGUGGGAGGAAGUUUCAUUUACUCUAAUCAGGAACACUACCACUAGCUUAUUUAAAGAAGCGACAUGGCUUUCAGUGACCCUCUCUCAUGGAGGGGGUGGUCGGGUGGUGGUUCGGUGGUGGUUGCAUGAACCUCACCAGUUUGUCUACUCUUUCUCUGCUUCCUGUUUUCCAGUCUAGCGAUCGAGGUUUGUGGUUUUCUCUGUCCUUAAAGGCUUAAAAUGCAUGGAGUAUAGUAGCUUCACUGUUAACUUUUGGGCCUAGACCUUUUCCUGUCUAAAUGUGAUUUAAAAAUCUAAGCCACAAAUAUGCUUUAUUUAUUAAAACAGAAGGUUUAUGUGGAA